AUGCAGGUUUACCUGCAGACUUUGGCAGGGAAGAUCAUUCCUUUGUCAGUCGAGCCGUCGGAGACCAUCCGGUCUGCAAAGGCCAGGGUCCAGGAUGUGGAGGGCUUCAGAGCAUCCCAGCAACAAUGGAUGCGAGAUGGACAGAAGUUGCCGGAUAGCCUCAGUUUUGAGGAUUGCAACAUCGAAGCCGAUUCUACCAUUGAUUUGGUAUUGUCCCGGCAGACGCUGCGGAUAUCCGUCCGCACACUUACCGGUGAACUACUUCGCAUUGAGAUGGAGGAUGACUUUUCGGUGGAUUGUCUGAAAGCCAAGAUUGAGGAAGCCUCGCCCGGCUGCUUUCAGGAGUGGUUUGUUUCAUUAUGA